CGCGUAUCCUGAAUGAAAGAGCAAGCGAAGCGUGUUGUGUUGCGCUCGCUCGCUCGCCACUCCGCUUGUGAAAGUGACGCUCAAUCUGACUCGGGGCUCUGCAUAGUUGGAAUCACAGCGGGCGUGCCUUCGGGGACCUCUGAGCUCUUUUCCCACCAAGGAGGUCAGUCGAGGAAGAGUUGAUGGAAAGAGCAGAGCAAGACAGGAGGAGGCAAUUCCAAGCCCCUUUGAAAUUUUUAUAAGGGAGCUCUCCAGCAUCAAACUGCGUGGAUGGACUGCCAGAAAGAGUUUGAGCCAGAGUGACACGUACAGAAAGACAGCAAGGAGCAACUCAUGAGUCAUCCUGGUCGGUUGGAGGGAAAGAAGCAGCAGCAGCAGCGGCAGCAAAUUGUUGUGUCCUCCAAGGAGUUGGAUGUAAUCCUGCUUGCUGUGUGUAGAUGAAAGGACGAGCAGCAGAAAAGCACAUUGCAGCAGAGAAAGGGAGUGGGCAUGACUGCUGUCUGGCUAAUCCCUAAAGCACGGAGGAAAAGCAACCCCAAACAACGCAAAGCCACUUUCUGCUGCAUGACUUGUAUCUAGCUCUAAUCAAGAGGAAGACUAAACCUGCUUUCUCGGAGCCGCUGACUUUGAAGCCAAAUUUGAAAGUCAUCCAGGCCACAGAGAUGUCCUCAAACGAGCUGAGCGUGGAGAUGGACUCGUGCAUUCGGACGUUCAAGGAGCAUAUGCAUUUAGAACUGGAGCCUCCCAAGGUGGUGGGAGGGAAACGGGGCGCCACGUCCCCCAAACUUUCCCCGCGGAGCUCGCCCAGGCUCUUCCGGAAGCUGAUGGUCAACAAGAGCAUCAGACAGAGGCGACGCUUCACUGUCGCUCACACCUGUUUUGAUGUGGAGAAUGGCCCCUCAGCCAGCUGCAGUCCUCUGGACCCCCAGGCCUCCCCUGGUUCUGGACUUGUCCUGCACACCAACUUCCCAAAUCACAACCAGCGCAGAGAGUCCUUUUUAUAUCGCUCUGACAGCGACUAUGAUCUGUCACCCAAGUCCAUGUCACGGAACUCGUCCAUUGCCUCUGAGCUACAUGGUGAUGACCUGAUCGUGACGCCUUUUGCUCAGGUCCUGGCAAGCCUUCGAAGUGUGAGAAAUAACUUCACUGUACUGACCAAUGUCCAGUGUGCCUCCAGCAAGAGGACUCCUGCUGCCGCCACAAAUCAGCCUGCAGUCACCAAAGUGUGCCUCCCAGAUGAGGCGUACCAGAAGCUGGCCACGGAGACUACGGAGGAGUUGGACUGGUGUCUGGACCAGCUGGAGACCAUCCAGACCUAUCGCUCUGUCAGCGACAUGGCCUCCACCAAGUUUAAGAGAAUGUUGAAUCGGGAGUUGACGCACCUAUCUGAGAUGAGUCGCUCUGGGAAUCAGGUGUCCGAAUUCAUCUCCAACACUUUCCUAGACAAACAAAAUGAGGUGGAGAUCCCAUCGCCCACCUCCAAGACACGGGAGAAGAAGAAGCAGCACAAGCAGCAGCUGAUGACGCAGAUCAGCGGCGUCAAGAAGAUCUCCCACGGCUCUUCGCUUUCCAGCUGCAGCAUCUCGCGUUUCGGUGUCAAAACCGAUAAAGAGGAGUUGCUGUCCAAGGAACUGGAGGACCUGAACAAAUGGGGCCUGAAUAUCUUCACCGUUUCCGAGUACUCCAACAGCAGACCUCUUACCUGCAUCAUGUACGCCAUCUUUCAGGAGCGAGAGCUAUUGAAAACGUUUAAGAUUCCAGUGGACACGUUUGUGGCCUACAUGAUGACGCUGGAGGAUCACUACCAUUCCGACGUGGCCUACCACAACAGCCUGCAUGCAGCUGACGUCGCCCAGUCCACGCACAUCCUCCUUUCUACUCCAGCCCUCGAUGCUGUCUUCACCGACCUUGAAAUCCUCGCUGCCAUCUUUGCCGCUGCCAUCCACGAUGUUGAUCAUCCCGGAGUAUCGAACCAGUUUCUCAUCAAUACCAACUCGGAGCUGGCGCUGAUGUACAACGACGAGUCCGUGCUGGAGAAUCACCACUUGGCUGUGGGAUUCAAACUCCUGCAGGAAGAAGGUUGCGACGUCUUCCAGAACCUCACCAAAAAGCAGCGACAGUCCCUACGCAAGAUGGUCAUCGACAUGGUUUUAGCUACCGACAUGUCCAAACACAUGAGUCUGUUGGCCGAUCUGAAGACAAUGGUGGAAACCAAGAAGGUGACGAGCUCCGGAGUGCUGCUGCUGGACAAUUACACAGACAGAAUACAGGUGCUGCGAAACAUGGUGCACUGCGCCGACCUGAGUAACCCCACAAAAUCCCUGGAGUUGUAUCGUCAGUGGACCGAUCGGAUCAUGGAGGAAUUCUUCCACCAGGGAGACCGAGAGAGGGAACGAGGCAUGGAGAUCAGUCCCAUGUGCGAUAAACAUACAGCUUCAGUGGAAAAGAGCCAGGUGGGUUUCAUCGACUACAUCGUCCACCCUCUGUGGGAAACUUGGGCCGAUCUGGUCCAUCCCGAUGCCCAGGACAUCCUGGACACGCUGGAAGACAACAGGAACUGGUACCAGAGCAUGAUCCCCCAAAGUCCCUCCCCACCCUUUUACGAUCAGGGUUCUCAUGGACAUGGCGGAGGCACAGGAGGCCAGGGACCUGGGGACAAGUUUCAGUUUGAGCUAACCCUGGAGGAGGAGGAGGACUUGGACGGAAUAGAGAAAGACGGCGAAGUGGAGGAGCAAGAGGACGAAGAUGAGGCAAUCGACGAGGAGGAGGACAGCCUAGGAGAUUGUCGAUCUCCUCCUCCGGACUAUCGGGAGGGCGACCCGAUGGAGCCCACGUCCACCAUCGAGAUCGUGACGCACGAGGCGUCGCCCACAGACACAUAGGGCUUCCGUCAGCAGCAGAAAGAGUUUUUGGAAAAAGAGGGGCGAUCCUCACGCAGCUGUGCUUUUUAACAAGGCCUCAGAAGCAAAGGCUUAGUUUUGGCCCGCACGGGGCCGUCUUGCACUUGGGUGUUUGAAGCCAGCCAGCCAGGCACGGAUAGUUUCGGGAGAAGCAGCUUCAGAGUUCUCAGGAAAUAUUUACUGCAAACAUCUUGAUGGUCACGCAAGAACGGCGGUAGAAAUUGAAGGCUGUAGGCCAGUUUGGGAAAUGGGACUGGCAGUAAAUGGACAUUGACACUACUGAGAGACAUUUUGUAACUUAAGACUUUUUACACAGAUAUAAUAUAGAAAGAAGUAGCAUAGAAUAAGAUCUACUGAUGAAGACCUGUUUGUAUAGCAAGAGAAAGCGUUGACUUUUUCCUGUACCAUUUGUCGAAGAACUUUUGUGUGCCUUUUUUACUAAUGUCUUUAUAUAUUUUUUUUAUUUAUUGAACACUCUAGUACAGUAUGUCUGUGAAAUGUUUUUCUUAUCUGAGAGAGUAAAAUCAUUUUUGUAUGUCAAAAGGAGAACAGUCUUCCGUGUAUUGGGCAAUAGAGAAAUCCCAUGUCGACAAACGACCGACCGACCGACCCUUGGAUGAAAUUGGGGAAAGUGAAUGAAUGCGUUUUGUCACAAUUGUUUCUUAGUCGGAGCGCAACAUUGUUUCAACGCAGCUCCGUUUCAUGAUGACGUUCAUCCGUAUAUCUUUUCAUACUUCUCAAUGAAAUAUCGCUCGUCUUAAAAUAGUACGAAUACAGUGUGGGCUUCCGAACUUUUCAGGCCAAAACUAGAAUUUUCAUGCACAGUGGAGUCAUGAAUGAUGGAAAAUUGGAGUCAUUAACUUUGUUUUGCCUUUUUCAGCGUUUUUCCAUACGAGCAUGACAUCCAAACUCGAAAACAAAAUUCAACCAUAGUCCUGCCACAAAAUGACAGC